UCCGGGGCCGCCCCCGCCCCGCCCCUGCCGGCCGGGGUUCCCGCACGGCUUGCACUACGACCCCCGCGCGUGUGUGAACAUGGCGCUGCGAGCCGUGCGGAGCGUACUGGCUACGGCCUGCAGCUUGCGCGUCACGUCCGCGCCCACCGCACCCUGCCUGCUGCGGCCCUGGGGACUGAGGACGGGUACCGUCCGGACACUGCGCACAGGCUCGGCUCUGCUAUCCGUGCGUAAAUUCACAGACAAGCAUGAAUGGAUAACAACAGAAAAUGGUAUUGGAACAGUGGGAAUCAGCAAUUUUGCACAGGAAGCUUUGGGAGAUGUUGUUUAUUGUAGUCUGCCUGAGGUCGGGACAAAACUGAGCAAACAAGAUGAGUUUGGUGCUUUGGAAAGUGUGAAAGCUGCUAGUGAACUCUAUUCUCCUCUGUCAGGAGAAGUAACUGAAAUUAAUGAAGCUCUUGCAGAAAAUCCAGGACUUGUCAACAAAUCUUGUUAUGAAGAUGGUUGGCUGAUCAAGAUAGCACUCAGUAAUCCCUCAGAACUGGAUGAAUUAAUGAGUGAAGAAGCAUAUGAGAAAUACAUAAAAUCUAUUGAGGAGUGAAAAUGGAACCCCUAAAUAAACUAGUAUGAAACAACUUAA